AUGGCAACCUUCAUGAAGAAGUUCAAACGAAAGCGCAGAGUCUCUACAGAGCUGCACUCUCGCUGGGGUGAUGUGACCAUCACCUAUCCCACACAAGGAUCCUGGAAUCAGUGGAAUCAAACCUCCGGGUGCGUCGCCACUACCCCAGCAAGAGCAAACAGUCAAUCUGAGUCACCUCCACAAUAUACCCCGGCUGUCGCAUUACGGCAGUCAAGCCCUAGCACCUCGAGCAGGCGAUCCCACAGCACAGGCAGUCGAGAACACCAAGCAAGCCCCCCUCAAUCCUUCCCCACGGGAUAUUUCGACCAAAACAUUCGACGUCGCGUGGGGGAGAGGAGGAAUAGCUUUACCGCGCCAACCAAAGGCAUUGGAAUCGGAGAUCUUCGACGAGGAGCAAAUCGGCGACCCUCAAGUUCGAUCAUCACCGACGAAUGUUCUUCUGAUGACACUUGCGACGAAGAAGAAGAACGCGAUACCUUGGGCCCACGAGUUGAUCUGAGCCCCCGCGACUUCGGCAUGGGCGAUAUGUCACACACACCACGCGAAAAUGCCGAAGAUUUUGAUGUCCCCGCCAAGUCCCCACCACUCUCGGUGACCUCGCGCAUGCGCCGUUGCAGCGUUCAAAGUUGUACGACAGAGCCCACAGUGUCUGUCUCUGGUGGCACCAGUUCGAGACGAACAAGCUUUACCGCGGCCUCCUCUGUCUCUGCUCCAUCAAUGCCCCCUUCUACUCCUCAGUUUGGAUAUCAUACACCGAAGCAGCCCCCCUUCCCUGAGAAGAGAUAUCCCUCCCGUACAAACCAACGGGAACCCGAGUCUACGCCUCGACAUGAGAUGGUACCGUCGUAUGAUGAGCUUUAUGGUUGA